AUGAAUCCAUACAAUCGGAACAUCGUCAUCGUCAGCUCCACGAUUUACGGUGGUGUGCUGUGCUGAGGCAUACUCUACUUCCUCCUCAACGUCUGCGGCAAGCCCUUCUAUAAUCACCCGUCCGUGCCUGUCGCCAUCUUUUCUGUGUUUUGGUUCUCUUUUGCGCCAUCGAUCCUUUUUAUUGGCGCAGCGAUCCCGUGGCUGUGUGUGGUGUACAGUAGCAAAGCCGUCGCGCUGAUCUUCACCAUUGCAUCAGGCUGCAUCUUCGUGCCUCUCGGAGCGCUUUGGCUCUUUGUGUAUGGCAUUUGCAAACUUCCCUCUUGGUUCGUGGAGACGCAGCACAACGCACCGUGGAGCGGCAACGGUGUGAGCUUGGGCGCAACUGUUGGUGGCUGUGCUGCUCACCGCUAUCGGUACAAUGCUUCGGACACUGCUGGGGUAGACGGAGCUGAGCUUGCUAGCGUUGCCAACAGCACGCUACCUCGCCCGUACGAUGCGUGGGUGGCAAGUUUAGUGCCCCCUGGGUUUGAGGGCCUGAAUGCCGUCAUCACACCGGUAUCGAGCUGGCAAAGUUAUAAGGCGAGCGGCAAACGAAAGAUCGCGUUAGACACGCGAGGGCAUGCCUCUGACCACGCGUACUAUGCUGGGUUGUUCGGAGGACGGCCAGCUCUUCCCGCCCACGCCGGUGGUCAGUUCCAGCCCUCCUACCCCGUACAAGAGCGCAGGCUAGGAGCGCAUUAUCUUGCCUAG